AUGUUGUUCUUUGCUUGGUUCCUACUCUUUGCUGGCAGCGUUCUCGCUGGUGGUGGGGGGUCCAGGAGCCGUGGAGGCGGCGGCGGAAACGCGUUGCGCGCGUACACGAACCUGCACCGCUCGCUGCUCGAGCCUAUUGGCUUGUACAAUCCUCGUCCGCAGAUUGUUGCGCCGAUCAGUCCGCCCUUCCAGAGUCGCAACAGGGUUGCCGACAUGCAGAACUAUCUGCGCAAUCUGUACAACCAUGAAGCCUACAUCGAUCCCGAGUCAGGCUCUGUUCUAGAUCGUCUGCGUGGCAACAUGAAUUGGAUCCUCAACCACCCUAAUGAUCCUCGCAUCAGAGACUACCAGCGUGGACUUAUUUCGGUGAUGGAGGAGGCCAGCGGACAUGCCAGAUUCGAGAUGCAGAAUGCCCUGCAUCCUGUCAACGUCCGCGCGCAGCAUGCCGUGCCCAUCCGUGCGCUCGGGACCAAGGUCGGCAGUGUCACCAGCGUGAUCCAGGCUGGUUCGAACUCGAACCAGCUGACGAGCCACCUCGAACAGGCCGACCAGGACCGGUUUGCCAACGCAUUCGAAGUGCUGUUUUCCGAGAAACAGCUGCUCAACGCCGCAGAGCGUCACGCUACGAGCAUCCCCCGCCUCUAG